AUGUUAAUUGAUGCAAAAUUUGUAGAGUCCGAUUUAACUCUCGGUGACUAUUUCAUGUACAUCUAUAUAAGUGAGCAAAAUGAACGACUUGUUAUCCCAAGCAUGUUAAGUGGCCUUACCUGGAUACGAUGUGGCCAUUGUUCUUCUAAUUGUGAGGGUCAACAUCAAUCACUUUAUGAUCCAAAAUUUUCAUAUACCUAUAAGAACAUUAUGUUCGACUCAAAAGAGUAUACACGUGAUGAAAGCUUCUCUCAUAUAGUAUUUGGAUGCGAUGAAGUACAUCAAGGAGAUUUUGAAGAUGGGGUUCAAUGUGUUGUUGGCCUUGGACAAGGGCCACUUUCAUUGGUUUCUCAAGUGGGAAAAAAAUGGCCAUUCGAGGCACACAGUAAGAUUAAAUUCGGAUCAGACUUAACUCUCAACAAACAAAACAAAGAAUAUAAAGUUGAAUUUCAGCCUUCUCCUCCUAACAUCUGCUACCACCUCAACCAUGAAGCCAUUAGCGUUAACGAUGAGAAAAUAGAGAUAGUAAAUAAAGAACACGAUAUGGCAGUUGACAUUCAGACAUCUUUGACGUCGUUGCCUUCAAAUAUAUACAAUGAAUUCAUCGCCAAGGUUAAAAGUUAUUUUGGCAACGUACGCUCAAUCAAGCAUCCGGAACACGACACUUGCUUCCUCAAAAAUCAAGUCAACAAUCUCAGGAGUCCCAAAGUUGUGCUUCAUUUUUCUGACUCAUCCGGAUCCCAUGGAGACUUUCCUAUGAAUCCUUCAACAAUGUUUGAGGAAAGUACCGUUGGCCUCAUGUGUUCGACAAUAAUCCGAAAUGUUGAAAUUUCGAUUCUGGGGAGCAGGACACAAGUAGACGUUGAGAUGAACAACCAUGAAAUAAGAUUUAAAGAGUUUUCCUCAUUUUGGUUUUGGCAUAAACCCUUUUUGUCUUGCAAUGUAAACAAGGUUUCCAAUCUUGCAAAUUCUGUCUCAGAUGGAUGUGAUUACUUUUUGGCCACUCGAUAUGUAAGGUUGAUCUUGACAAAGAAAUCCAUGAGAAUCACCCUGGUUCAAGAAAUACAACUGACAACAUCACUUGAUCAGGAAGGUAUCAAAAAGGCAUUGCAGAGGGUUUUGGAGCGUAUUCCUUGA